AUGGAUGGCAGGCCUCUGUAUAUCCUACGCCUAGGACAUAUGGACAUUAAAGGACUGGUUCAAGCACUUGCAGAAGAAUCCCUGCUCAGGCAUGUGCUGUCAAUCAAUGAAGAGGGUCUGAGAUGCUGUGAGGAGAACACCAAAGUCUUUGGUCGGCCAAUUAGUUGUUGGACAUGUCUUGUUGAUCUUGAGGGGCUCAAUAUGAGGCAUCUGUGGCGUCCUGGAGUCAAAGCUUUGCUGAGGAUUAUUGAGGUGGUGGAGGCCAAUUACCCAGAGACCCUGGGCCGUCUACUCAUCCUCAGAGCUCCCAGAGUCUUUCCUGUCCUGUGGACACUGGUGAGCCCUUUCAUUGAUGAGAAUACACGAAAGAAGUUCCUGAUCCAUGCAGGAAAUAACUACCAGGGCCCUGGCGGUCUUGUGGACUACAUUGAUAAAGAGAUCAUCCCUGACUUCCUUGGAGGAGAUGUGAAGUGCCAGGGUGGCCUGGUUCCCAAAUCUCUGUACAGAACUGCAGAAGAACUGGAGAAUGAUGAGAUCAGACUUUGGACAGAGACUAUUUACCAAAGUGCCAGCAUCUUCAAAGGAGCACCAAAUGAGCUACUGAUUGAGAUCAUUGAUGCCUCCUCAGUCAUCACUUGGGACUUUGAUGUAUGUAAAGGUGAUGUGAUCUUCAAUAUCUAUCACUCUAAACGGGCUCCACAGCCACCGAGGAAAGAUCCGCUGGCUACCCAUGGCAUCACCUCUCCUGCAGGCAACAACAUGCAGCUUAUAGAUAAAUCUUGGUUGCUGGGACAGGACUAUAGCAUGGUGGAGUCACCCCUCACCUGCAAAGAGGGAGAAAGUGUACAGGGUUCACAUGUGACGCGAUGGCCAGGAUUCUAUAUUUUGCAAUGUAAGUUCCACUCUAUGCCAGCAUGUGCCACCACAAACCUACCUCGGGUGGAUGAUGUUCUGGCAACUCUACAGGUGUCCUCUGACAAGUGCAAAGUCAUGUACUACACUGAGGUUCUGUGCUCAGAGGACUUUAGGGGCUCAAUGACCAGUCUGGAAUCCAGUCACAGUGGUUUCUCUCAGCUCAGCACCGUCACCACAUCCUCCAGCAAGUCACAGUCCAGCUCUAUGAUCUCCAGGUAGAAUAGAAAGAGAUUUAACCUCCAAAAUGUUUUAUCAGUUCAGUUUCUAGAUUCCCAAUAAACCAUUACUACUCUUCCUCUGUUAUCUAUCCCAACACUGUAUCACUCUAUGUCAAGGACCUGAAGCAUGGUCGCACAACAAAAAGAGUAUAAAAGAUAUCCUUACCUGAAAGGAUUCUGGUGGUGGUAGUUUUUUUUUUUUUUUGGUAUGUUUUUGUUUGUUUGUUAAAGGGCUUGAAUCUGCUUCGCCAUAGUGCUCAGCUGAGCCGCAGGUCAGUUCAUAGGCUGAUUGUGCUUUGUAUGAAUGUCUGAAGGAGCUCACACUUUACUGUGCAUUUCUACAUUUCCCAUGGACUGCAUGCUGAACUAAGCAAUACACGUUCUUCAGAUUGGGAAAGAGCCUAAAAUGAACGUGCCCACUUAAACAUCUCAAAUACUGCACAUACCUGCAUAUAUGCACUUAGUUCUGCCAUAUCACUAGGAGCUCAUCAGGUAGGUCAG